GUCGAUCUCCAUUGUUCUCUUUUCAAGGGAGCUAGAAAGGAGAACCUCUAAUUUAGAUUGGUUAAAAAGAACAAAUAAAAUGGAAGAAAAUCUUCCUCCGGGGUUCAGAUUUCAUCCUACAGACGAAGAGCUCAUAACGCAUUAUCUUUGUCGGAAAGUCUCCGAUACUGGAUUCACCGGUAAAGCUGUCGUCGACGUUGAUUUAAACAAGUGUGAACCUUGGGAUUUACCAGCCAAGGCUUCAAUGGGAGAGAAAGAGUGGUACUUCUUCAGCCUAAGAGACCGGAAAUACCCAACCGGUUUAAGGACAAACCGAGCAACUGAAGCCGGUUACUGGAAAACAACCGGUAAAGAUAAAGAGAUAUACCGAAGUGGAGUGCUGGUUGGGAUGAAGAAAACCUUAGUUUUCUACAAAGGAAGAGCUCCAAAGGGUGAGAAAAGCAAUUGGGUUAUGCAUGAGUAUAGGCUUGAGAAUAAACAACCCUUCACACCCGCUAAGGAGGAAUGGGUAGUGUGUAGGAUUUUCCAAAAGAGCACAGCUAUAAAGAAACCACAAGAACAACAACCUCAAUCAUCUUUUGGAUCUCCAUGCGAUGCAAACUCAUCAAUGGCAAAUGAGUUUGAAGAUAUUGAGUUUCCGAAUCUCAAUUCAAACUCAUCAACCGUCGGUUACAAUCACAUUCAUGAUCAGUAUCCGCAAAACAGUGUUUACUCAGAAGAUAAUAUUACAACUGCGGCUGAUCUCAAUAUGAACAUGAACAUGGCUAAUAAUAUUCCGUCUUGGACAACAAGUCUACUUGGUCCACCUUUAUCUCCAAUCAACUCUUUGUUGCUCAAGGCUUUCCAAAUGAGGAACUCUUAUAGUUUCCCAAAAGAGAUGAUCUCUAAUAUCAAUCCUUCUUCUCUUAUUCAACAAGGAGUCUCCAGUAUUAUGCAAAAUGGUUCAAGUUCGUCUCAGCCACAACCGCAAGAGGAAGCGUUUAAUAUGGACUCCAUAUGGUGAAAGCAUUUAAACGGUCAAAUCACGUAGUAUAUUUGAAUUUUCUAACUUGCUGUUAUGUAAACUCCAUCAAAAUCUCAACUGUACCAUUACAUAUACACAUAGAUCUCAACUUAUACAUAUGAGGUCAAGUAAAUUAAUCAGUGCAUCCAUCUUUUAUGUGAAAGUACGGAAAGUUUGUAAUAGUUAUGUCUCCGUCCUUAUAUGUUACAAUAAGUUACUUGUUGCCAGACUUUAUGAUAAAAGACAGAUGAAUAUAUAUUUGUUAAAGACUUUUAAAUAGUGAACAAAUACAUUUGAUAAAAACAUACAGUUUCUGUAAACGAAAAAUAUAAAUUUGAUAAUCUUAGAUCUCUCCCCGCGAUAGGACUGAACUGCUUUUGUUACCUAGCACAAGUCGAUGAGAAUAAACUCUGCUCCUGAAUAUGAACUCUCCACUAUCUAUUCUUUUCUCCAGCAAAGGACAAAAUCAAUCUCUGUUUCAUAACUUCGGACAGAUACCGAGAUCACUCUCAGCUAUAACCUCCUGAGAUAAAACGAACUACGCCUUACCAGAAUUUCUCUGGUAAUUAUUUCCACGGUAAUAAAUAAGUGCAAACCCUUUAGGAACCUUUUCUAUUGCC